GUUUAAUUUAUAUUUUUUACAUAUUUUAAUUUUAAUUUGUUAGUCUUACCCAUUCAAUUUUUUAUUCUCCAACUCACUGUAGUAAUACUUUAACAUAUUUUUUACAUAUUUUUAUGUGUUAUUUUAAUAAAGAUUCCAUUUCACAAUGUUAAUUAAUUUCUCAAUUUCACCUUUUAACUUAUUUUAACAAGAUAAUUUUAAACGAAAUUUGCCAUUUAAAUGACUUUUUAAAGUAAAUUUACCAUUUCAAUGGGUGUUUAACGUUUAUUUUACCUUUGUAAUACUAGAAGUUAUAUUAUGGUAGCCUUUUCUAGGCUUUUAUAUUCGGCUUACAAGCCUAUUUCCUUAACUUCCAUAAAGAAGUUAUCCAAGUAUAAAUUAUCACUUUGGGUUACUGCCACUGGCGCCAGUGGUUUUCUCAUGGUUUCCCCGAUGAUUUCGGCCAGUUUUCUUACAACUUGUGGAGGCAUUUUCCUCUGCAGUGCCGCCGCCAAUACUUUUAAUCAAAUCAUUGAACGUGAUUCCGACUCCAUUAUGAACCGUACCAAAAACAGACCACUGCCGAGGAAAAUUGUGACACCGUACCAGGCGGGAGUGAUUGGCGGUACUUUUACAUUUUUUGGCGGCCUUUUACUUUAUAUGGCUGGCGGUUUAAAUCCUAUGCUCCUAGCCUUUAUGAACAUCGCACUUUACACUCUUGUUUACACCCCUCUAAAGAAAAAAACACAGUGGAAUACACAUAUCGGAUCAGUUGUAGGAUGUGUUCCACCACUAAUCGGAUGUCUGUCCGCCGGGGGUUCCAUAUUGCUGCCUGAGCCUUGGCUUUUAUUUGGUUUAAUGUAUGUUUGGCAGUUGCCUCAUUUUUAUACUCUGUCUUGGCUGUAUCGUGGUGACUAUAACAAGGCCUUAUUUAAAGUGUAUGGAAUUGAUGACGAUUCCGGUAGAAAAACUGCUACCGCCUCCAUUAAAUGGAUCACAUUCCUCUCGUCAAUACCACUCGUUUGUAAUUUGGUGGGUUUUGUGCCGGGCGAGUUUCUCCUGGCGACGAUUAUUCCAAACGCAGUUGUAACGCAUAAAGCUGUUAAAUUCUACAGAAAUCCCAAUACCAAAACUGUCAAUAACCUCUUCAUACACUCGCUAUGGCAUAUACUUGUGUUGAUGGGAUUAAGUUCAUAUUUUUUAUCGGAAAAAAUUAUUAAAGUUGAUCAAGUCUCGAGGGAGGAUAAAAUACCAGAGGAUAAACUGAGAGAAGACGUAUUAGAAGAAAAAUUAAGGGAUAAGAUAUUACAAAUUGAGAGAGUUAACACGUGUAAAUAA